UUUAGUUUGGCUUCGCUGAAAAAAUCGUUGACGCGGUAUCACUCUGUUGUUAUAUAUAAUCGUAAUCGGAGCUUGUUCAGAUAGCUAGAAAACAUAAGGCGCGAGUGGAAACUAGAAUCUCGUGAGAAAGAGACGAGACGCUGUUGAGGGGUUUAGGGUUUUUGAAGAAGAAGAAGAGAGGUUUUAUCGGAGAUGGGAGGUUGUUUUUCCGACGUGAAAGGUGGCAAACAGGCCGUGGGAGGUGGGGCCCAAGAGAGGCCCAUCAACAGGGACGCUGACACAAACGACGCCGUUGAGCUCUUUAACCGCUCCCGAGGGGUUUAUCCUCUCUACACUCGGCUCGAGUUAUCGCUGUCAGCAACUAACUUGCUUGAUCGUGACAUUACGUCAAAGAGUGAUCCCAUGGUUGUGGUUUAUGUGAAGAAAGGAGAUGGUAAGCUAGAGGAACUAGGGAGAACUGAAGUAAUACUGAAUAGUUUGAAUCCAGCGUGGAUUGAGAAAAUUACAGUUUCAUAUCAGUUCGAGGUUGUGCAGCCAUUGAUAUUCCAUGUCUAUGAUGUCGAUACAAAAUAUCACAAUGUAAAUGUAAAGACACUGAAGUUGGAGGAUCAAGAAUUUCUUGGGGAAGGCAGUUGUGUUCUUUCAGAGAUAGUGACCAAACAAAGUCGAAGUUUAACCUUGAAUCUGCAUAGCAGAAGUGGGCGUGGAGGUUUGAGAAACUUCGGAACACUCACUGUCCAUGCUGAAGAAACUAUGGCUUCAAAGAGUGUUGUUGAGAUAAAAUUCCGUUGUUCCCAAUUGGAAAACAAAGACCUCUUCUCUAAAAGUGAUCCUUUCUUAAGAGUAUCUAGAAUUGUUGAGAAUGGAAGUUCUGUUCCAAUUUGCAAGACUGAAGUGGUAGAUAACAAUUUAAAUCCAAUCUGGAAACCACUAUCCCUGAGUAUGCAGCAGUUUGGAAGCAAGGAUAAUCCAUUAGUCAUCGAGUGCUUUGAUUUCAACAGCAAUGGCAAUCAUGUUCUUAUUGGGAAACUUCAAAAGUCAGUGGCAGACCUGGAGAGAUUAUACCAAGAAAAAAGUGGGGUGAAUUUCGUCAUUCCAUCUUCUCAUGGUCAUGAAAAGGUUUCAAAGGGUCAGUUGUUUGUGGAUCAAUUUAAUGAGAAGCAACAGUUCAGCUUUCUCGAUUAUAUUUCCAGUGGAUUUGAACUUAACUUCAUGGUUGCUAUUGACUUUACGGGUUCAAAUGGAAACCCUCAACAACAUGAUUCGUUGCACUACAUUGAUCCGUAUGGGCGGUUGAACUCUUACCAGCAGGCAAUAAUGGAAGUUGGGGAAGUCAUUCAGUUUUAUGAUGCUGAUAAACGCUUUCCUGCUUGGGGCUUUGGAGGAAGGACAGCUGAAGGACCUGUAUCGCACUGUUUUAACUUGGAUGGAACUGCAACUGGCUUUGAGGUUGAAGGAGUUCAAGGCAUAAUGACUGCUUAUGCCAGUGCUCUACACAAUGUUUCUCUAUCAGGACCCACUUUGUUUGGCCCAGUGGUUAAUAGGGCUGCAGAGAUUGCUGGCAAUUCUCUAUUCCACAACAACAAUAAGUACUAUGUAUUGCUGAUCAUAACGGAUGGGAUACUUACAGACCUACAAGAAACAACAGAUGCUUUGGUGAGGGCAUCUGAUCUUCCCUUCUCAGUUCUAAUAGUUGGAGUAGGAAGUGCAGAUUUCAAACAAAUGGAGAUUCUCGAUGCUGACAAUGGACAGCAAUUAUCGAGUUCAACAGGUCGUGUGGCUACCAGAGACAUUGUACAGUUUGUUCCUAUGAGAGAAGUGCAGACAGGUGGGCGCAUUUCCACGGUUCAAUCGCUUCUCGAAGAGCUGCCUGGACAGUUCUUGAGUUACAUGCGCUGCAGAGACAUCAUGCCUCUCACUGUCCAUGCAGCCCAAUCAUCUGCUCCACAGGUCCACAACUUUAGAACGGCACAAGCACAGCAUCGUGAAGUUUUUUGAAAUAUGUAGUCGACAUUAAGCUGGUGAUUAGUUAGCACCAUUUUGUCUCCCUUACAAGGGCAGGAAUCAAGCAAUUAACUCUCACAAAUCUAAAAUAUUUUUCACCAAUAUUACUAAGACUUAACAUGAAGUACAUAUGCAUUACAAAACUCCAAUGUCUAUUUUUAUUUUCUUUCAGAUCAUUUCAUUAAUUGAUUUGAUAAGUUUGCUUUAUGAUCAAGUUAGCAAGGGGAGCUCUCCUUGUGUGUAGCAGAAAUACAGUGCAA